AUGUUUCCGUUCAAGUCUGACUCACACCGUCAGAUGUUCUGCAAUAUGCUUAAAUUACAAAUAAAAUCUAAUAUUUUAAAGAGAUUCGGUGGUAUGGGCCAAGAAGAAUGCAGAAUAAUGAAGUCAAAAUCCUUUAAGGAGUUCCUCAAUGUGUGGGCCAACUCAAUUAUAAACAAGCUUCCAAAAGAAUUAGAAUCGCACGCCAAGUAUGUAAAUUCACAGAUAAAUUAUGUUUCUGAGGAAGUUCUAGGGCUUUCAUCAGUGAAGGAUAUGAUUGAUAGGAACAAGCCUAUUAAAUGGCUCAUAGACAGAAUAAACAGCAAUUCAGAUAAUGUUCCAAAACCAUAUUUCCCCUCAGUGUUAAGGAACUCCAUGAUUCAAUUCCCCUUCAAGCACACCGAUAUUCAAAAAUCAAGAGAUUUAUAUGGCCUUCUUAAGUUCCCAUUCUACAAACUUUCCACGAGUAUCUAUGCAGACUCUACUGAGUCGUUCAAAGGGUUAGUUGAACCGAAAACUUCAAGUUCACCUCCUGAAGAGGAAGAGGAGCUCAGUGAAUCCCACGCUAAAUCGAGUUUUGAAACCAAAAAUAAAGAUGAUGAAGUCCAAUUUUCUUCAUCUAAUUAUAUUUACUCACCCAGUGAGCUCGAAACUGGUUUAAGGCAAUAA